AUGGCUUUCGCAGCGGCAAACGAAGAAAUUGACGAGGUAAAGGAGCGGGCUCAUUUCAUCGCAGUCGUGAACGCUUUUAGAUAUUAUAAACUAUGCAGUCUCGACCGUAUUCACAAGUCCGAGAAGAUAAUUGCUACCUUACCGCUCACGCACCAGAGGCGGCUCGAGAAGUACAAGUCGUACAUGAGCAAACUAAAGAAGUGUCUCGACGUGAACAACUCCGUGGUGCACAUGAUCAUCAAAGAUGUCGACACAAUGUUCGAGAACGUCGAUCACAGCAAUGCAAUGGAUCUGAAUACUAAUGGCACGGAGACUAUCGGUUGCAAUUACAACAAUUGCGCGAUCACGUCGCAGAAACAGCACAAGAUGCAACAUGAUGUUGAGAAGGUGCAGUCCGUAUUGAAGAACAUAGUUCGCGAUUGGAGCGAACUGGGAGCGCCUGAAAGAGAGCAGUGUUACAAGCCAAUAUUAGACGAGAUCGCAGAACGAUUCCCACAGGACGAGUUCAAUGAUCCGAGCCAUGUUAAAAUAUUAGUCCCUGGCGCGGGACUUGGCAGAUUGGCAUGGGAGGUUGCCGCCAGAGGAUACACGUGCCAAGGGAACGAGUUCUCACUAUUCAUGUUGUUUGCGAGCAACUUCAUACUGAACAGGUGCCCUGAAGCGAACAAACACACGGUGCACCCUUGGAUUCAUCAAUACGUGAACAAUUUGUCGUGCGAGCAUCAGCUGAUGGCUGCAUGUUUCCCCGACGUGAGGCCUUCGGGCGAUCGGCCCAACCACAACUUCAGUAUGACAGCGGGGGACUUCCUCAAGGUUUACACAGAGGCGGACGAAUGGGAUUUAGUGGCGACAUGCUUUUUCAUAGACUGCGCACCCAACGUCAUAGAGUUCGUAGAGAGGAUAUACGGAAUACUUAGGCCUGGCGGUUACUGGGUCAAUCUAGGACCGCUCCUUUAUCAUUACAGUGAUAUGACAACGGAGAAUAGCAUAGAACCUCCAUACGACAUUCUGCUGGACAUAAUAAGGGACGUCGGCUUCGAUAUAUUGAAAGAAGAGACUGGGGUCAAAACGAAAUACGCGCAGAAUCCCAAUUCUAUGAUGCAACACGAAUACAAUUCUGUAUUCUUCGUAUGCAGGAAACCUUACUGCUAA